AUGGGACCGACGGUGUCCCCGGUGGUAUCGCCGGGACGCGAGGAGCCCCGGACCAGCAAGCGCGAGGAGCCCCACACCGGCAAGCGCGAGGAGCACCGGACCAGCAGACGCGAGGAGCCCCACACCGGCAAGCGCGAGGAGCCCCGGACCAGCAAGCGCGAUGAGCGGCCUGAGGGAGAAAGGAGGGGGCGCACGGAGACGCGGAAGGAGGAGCCCAGUGAGCGGGCCUCGAAGCGGGCGUCCACGCGGUCGACGCGUACGGCCAGGGAAGAGGAGUCGUCGGCACGCACAAGGGGGUGGUCGACGGCGCGGCGAGGGGAUCAGCGACCGACAAACCCACAGGUCGAGGAGCGGCAGCCAACGCCGACCGAAACCGCGGUCAAGGAGCCGCAGACAACGCCGGCUGACGUCACGGAAGACAACGCGGCCGCUGAGGCACGACGCCUCGCGGAAUGGCACCGGCGGUUCGCGCUGGCCGCGGCGACGGUGGAGCGGAGGCAACGGCGUGUGUGGGAGGACGCCCUGACGCUGGCAAAGAGGCUGAAGGCCACGCAGGAGGCUGAAAAGAAGGCGCAAGAAGCGGAGGCGGAGCGCCACACACGGGACGAGGUGCGCUCCGCGGUACGGGACGGCAUGAUGUAG